UGGGUUCCCCUUGGUCUUGUUUUGACAUGGACAGUGGUUGGCUCCCAUCGAUAAUUAAUAGCUGUCAUUAAUAUCCUGGUUUUAGGAAUUGACAAGCCACAGAAUUGGGUGGGGAAAAAAGUUGCUAAAUAUCUGGCUGUGUUAUCACCAGGAAAAGCUCAAUCAUCCCUGUCAUUUGGCGCUUGCAUGAACAGAUUACUUACUCCCCAAAAUACAACAGAGCCCAAAUGUUUUCCUCAGCCUUGCUGCGCUUCCACGUCAUCGUCCAUCAUGGUCCCCCCCCCCUCCACCACUCCAUCCUUAAAACUGCAGCAGCCUCCUCUUCACUGUUUAAACACUGUUGACUGUCACAGCAGCUGGAAGCAGCCCUGAUAUCCGACAUGAGGCUGGGACUCGCCACACUCGCGUGUUUCUUCAGCUUGGUGUGGCUGUCGGGCUGCGCGCCUCCGACCUGCUACUCCAGAGCGCUCGUCCUGAGCAAAGAAGUCAUGGCUCUGCUGGAUAAACUACACACGUACCAUCGCACGAAAACGUGUGCUGAGGUUCUGCCUACGAUCUUCCUCGAUGUGCAUAACUCGUGCGUCAUAUCCAAGCUCCGUGACUUAAUCUACGUGGUGCUGAACCACCCAAACCACGACUGCAGCGUGCGUCCCAGAAUGGUGCUGCUGAAACGUAAAAUCCAGACCUUGUACACCAUCAUCACCAAAAUGUGUUAUCGGGACCUGGUGUUUUUCACAGACGACUGUGAGGCCAUUGAUACUGGACACAGUAGCCCUCACUAUGCAGAGGACAGACUUCAGAUCCUGCAGGAGGAGAGAUGAGCAACACGCACAGCGGAUGAAAGUCGUUCAUUGGUCUGUUGCAUUCAUAAAAACACAUCAGCAAUAUGUCGAAUGGUCAAGCAUGUAGCCUACAAUACACAGCACAGCCUGCACUGCAUUAGAUGCAGGAUAGGCAGCACAGUGCUGUUUCAUGUCAUACCUAUUGGCUGUGUUCGCUGCAGACUCAUGUUAGCUGGCUACAUUCCAGCAAGGGGUGCAGAACUUUCCACAGGAAAUUUGCUGAAUGCCAACCAUGCCGAUGAAAACCUUGAAAUAAUAAACCAAUAAGAGAUGCUUGUGAGCCGGGCUCAACCGCUGCUUACUUAACCAGGGCUGAUCAAAGCUCCGUGUGUCAUUAAGAGAAAUAUGUUGUGUUGCCACAACCCUUGGUCCGACUAACGUGUCUUAAAGGAGCGCUAUACAGCAUUGUGUAAACAUGUGAGGAGUUGAACAUGGCGGUUGAAAACGUUACGUAAGGAGGAGAUGUCCUAAGCAUUGCUUUCUCGCACUCGGUUUGUAUGGUGUGUUCCUUCAGGAAUCUCUCACGUAGAAAGUAUUUCUUUUUAAUUAUUUUUUUUUUUACUUUUGUUUUAUACCAGAUCCGUUACGACAGUGCUCCUGCUCGUGUUAUUUUCAUAUUUUCAUGGCCGAAUUGAUAUAAUAUAAUAGAGCCCUCACUGCCAUAGACAUAUUAGAAACGCGCCUGUUUUUAUGUAUACUAAAUGACAAUCUCUAUAUGUCUCUCACUAUGUAAUAAAACUUCUCUUUGUGUAUCAA